AUGAUCUCCGUAUUUCCGGGCCCGCAAACAACUUCCAUUGAUUUCUUACAAGCCUCAAAAUCUUUGCCACUGCAGCUCUCAAAAUCGCUUGUCACCCACAAUGCAAUCAUUGCAUAUAUCAUACCGCAUGUGGCCGCAGCGACCAUCGCGCUUCCCAUCAUGUAUCUGGACGUGGCCGUCACCUCACAGAAUGAUAAGGUCGCCAUACGACGACAUUCUCGCGAGGUUGUGCACGUCUUAGAUGCGCGCAUUAUCUUUGAUGUCGCUUUUGAACUUCCUGGAGGUCUGUACCUUCGCUCGCUGUUCUACAUCCUUUGCGCUGUUGUUUUGCUUGAGAAUAUAAAGGGCCUGACAGUCGACAUCUCUUCCGAUGCUGGCUUUGAACCCUCAUACUGGUUGAACCUCUCGCGCAAUGCUGAGCGUGUACAGACGAUGGAUGUGUCGGGUCAGGCGGCUAUGUAUCUCAUUUCGGCCUUAAAACAGGAGCCUUCUCUCGGCCAGGCAUUCAGUGCAGCACGAGUGCUUUUGUUUCCCGCGUUGAAAACCCUCAUCUUCGGGAGGUCGACUACGACAAAGCACUAG